CCCAUCCGCUGCUGUGCCACAUAGGGCCACGCAUUAGUGACACGGCUUGGAUGCAUCCAUUGGUCUAGCUUCUAUAGCACUGAUUUUCUCUUAUGGAUUAUCUCGUUAUGGUGCUUCUUGGGGAAGAAAAGGUCAUUAGGGCUAAUGGUGAUGCAGUGGGUGCAUCAUCCACCCGGAGGCGACCUAGGGACAGCUGAUACUUGGAUUGAGGGCGAUCCUGUAAGCUUGAUACAGACUGUGGAUCUAUUGAUCGCCCCGUUCAUUCGAUUUGCCUCAAAUCGGUCACAGACCGUCUCCGAUGCAUGUUUAAAAUGCCUUCUCUCGUGCCCUGUCUCUGACUCGUCGUGAGUACUUCUAUGUGCCUUGCACCUUUCUUACCUGCUGUGUCAGAGCGAGCUUCUGAAGGUCUUAUUGUCUAAAUCAUUGGUCAUCUUGACUUGUCACCAUCCCCUCGAUUGUUUCACAGCCAUGGCUCAUACUCCGGUAUCAAUGGAUGCGCCGUUAGACGGGCUGGCCUGUCUGCACUUUGCUUUGAUCUAUAUCGAUGACAGCGGUAAAUUGCGCUUCGAAGCAUCACCUUCGAUUGCGGAUAGCUGCCAUUCAAUCUUAUCGCCAAACGUGACCGAGAGUUUUCUACGAGCCGUGGCCUUGUCUGGGAAGGACGAGUCGAAUAAACUUCUAGAAGGGUCAAGAGGCCGAAGCCCAUUGUCGCCUGAGUCACCUAACAGCAAGUCGAUGUUCAGCAACACCUCAGAGCCUUCCUCAAACAAGCGAAAACGAGUGUCGCAUGAGUGUCUCGUACCGAUGAGUAUCACUUGCCACCAAAAAACCAUGCUCCCUAUUCGCAAUGCUAGCAUCCUCCGGCGAUACUAUGAGAAGGCCUUCGAAGGCCUACAGCAGAUCAACUGUCGCAUCCUUGCCAAGGCAUACAUCAAGCUUGUUGAGCCGCGGAAGCAGGUCAAUUAUCCGUACAACGGACGCAAGAUCAUUUCUGGCACAUCUCAACAGUUUGAUCCCGAGCUCACCAAGCCAGCCUGGUGGCCAGCGGGCGUUACCCACAGAGAGCCUGAUCACCUUCUCAAGAACGAGCGAGUCAAACUCCUGGUGCAUAUCCUGUGCGAGUUGCGCGAAAGCCACGCUAUCUGCGUCGAGAAACUCAAAGAAGCGGAUCAAUCUGUGCGUCGACAGAUUCAACCCGUCGAACGGUUAGCUAUACUGGAUGAGAUCUACCAUGUCCGCGGAGAGCAAGAACGGUACCUGGAAGGCAGAACAGACGGGCCCAUGGUUGUGUGUGUAUCGCGCGUCCACCUUCCCGAGCAGCUCGCGGAUAGCCAGGCGAUGGGCUCCCCGACCAGCUCAUCCAUGAAGGACAGCGUGAAUCCGGUGUACCGGAAAGAGAUCCCCGACCUGGAAUCGCACACCUCCGUCUUCGACUCCUGCAGCAGCUCCGCGGUCACCCCGAAGAGCAGCACCGGGACUAUUUCCACCAAACCCCUCGAGCCCUGCAAAGGCCCAACCAUCCAGGUUUCGUGGGACAGCAGCGCCCCAACUUCUUCAUACGCACCUAUCGGCGGCAGCAGCGCCUCCCGACGGUCACGCGAGGGCGAAAGCACAGCCGGCUACUCCCUUGACCUGACCAGCAGCUCCAUGUACCACCACGAGCCAUCGACCCUCGAAACCACCUCACUCCCUCUCCGAUACUACCCUCACAGCCAAGCGCAGCAGACGCUGCCUGUGAUCGGACUCUCGAAUACCGAUCUCGGAGGCUGCCCGAACCCGUAUUAUUUCAAUUAUUGAACCCCAAAA